GUUCCAUUCAAAAGUUACAACAUUACAAAUGUUUCAGUAACAUCACACUGGAGCACAUAUUGGAAGCUGUAUCAGAAGUUGAUGGAGGAGCAUGGCUCGCAUCUCCCUGCCCUCUUUAGACUCCUCCCUCCAAGGGAUACCCAAGAGUGUGCUGGCUGUUUCCAUGGAAACUAAGUACCAAUGCCAGCAGUGUCACCAGGUCCUGAGGAAGCCGGUCCAGGCUCAGUGUGGACAUCGCUUCUGUGUCCACUGUUUGAAACUGCUCACCAGCUCUGGACCCAAGCCCUGUGAAGCCUGUCGACAAGAGGAGAUAUACGAGGAGCCCCAGUCCAUUCUCAAUAGCAAUGAGGCUUUUCCAGACAAUGCAGCUGGUAGAGAAAUCGCCAGCCUGCCUGCCAAAUGUAUCAAUGAGGGAUGCUCUUGGACAGGUUGCAUCAAAGAAUAUGAGGCACAACACGAGGGCAAGUGUGAGUAUGAGCGGGUACCAUGUGAAGCCUGCCAGGUCCUCAUCCUGCGCAGUGAAAAAGAGAGGCACAACGAGAGAGAAUGUGAAGCAAGAACAUUGAACUGCAAGUACUGCAAAGUCUCCUUCAACUUCAAGCAGAUCAAGGCUCAUGAUGAAAUCUGCCAGAAGUUUCCCAUUCAGUGCAAGGACUGUGGAAAGAAAAAGAUCCCACGGGAAAAGUUUCUAGAUCACAGCAGAUCCUGUGCCAAGUCUAAGACUGCAUGUCCAUUCAGUGAGGUUGGCUGCAAGACUGUGAUUGAUAAUGGGAAGCACAGUGACCACGAGCAGACGAGCGUCAUGGAGCACAUGCGUCUGAUCCUGGCGAUGAUGUCUAUGGUGCGGCUGCAGUGUCCGGAGGCCGCGGGGCCGGGGGAGUGGCAGGAGGACUCUGGGCUGGGCCUUUACCGCGCUCCUGAGGAGGGAGCCACAGCUUCUGCAGCCACAGCCGGGGGCGGAGCCGCUGCCUCUGGACAGACCAGUGGCCUUGACCAGAAGGUAACAGUGCUGGAGAAUAUAGUGUGUGUACUGAACAGAGAAGUAGAGAGGAGCUCUCUCACAUUAGAGGCCUUCUCACGACAACAUAGACUAGACCAGGACAAGAUUGAGAACCUCAGCAACAAGGUGCGUCAACUAGAGCGUACUCUCACCAUGCGGGAUCUACAGCUAGCCGAGACAGACCAGACUCUGAGGGAGCUCCAGUUCUGCACCUUUGACGGUGUGUUUGUUUGGAAGAUCGCUGACUUCUCACGCCGCCGCCAGGAUUCUGUGGCCGGGCGAACACCCGCCAUGUUCUCACCAGCAUUCUACUCCAGUAAGUAUGGCUAUAAGAUGUGUCUAAGACUGUAUCUGAAUGGGGACGGAACAGGUCGAGGGACACACCUUUCUCUUUUCUUCGUGGUGAUGAGGGGCAAGUGUGACGCUCUGCUCAAAUGGCCCUUCAGUCAGAAAGUGACUCUGAUGCUGCUGGAUCAGAAUAACCGGGAGCAUAUUAUUGACGCCUUCCGACCUGAUGUCAGCUCCACCUCCUUCCAGCGGCCAAUCAGUGAGAUGAACAUAGCCAGUGGCUGCCCACUCUUCUGCCCAUUAGCUAAACUGACAGGCAAAAGCUCCUACCUUAGGGAUGAUACCAUUUUCAUCAAGGCCAUUGUAGACCUCACAGGCUUGUAGAGGCUGUGGAAGCCCCUUACACAAAGGCACAAAACGCAGACGAAUAUAUAACUUCUGAAAUUACAUGAUAUAAGUAAUAUUAUUAUAAUAUGCAUAUAUUUAUUAUUAUAAGUAUAUCAUAGACACUGUUUAUUUUGCUGGCUGAAGGCAUUGGAAUGAAAAAUUAAUUCUGCUAGCAGAUCUUUUCAAUUGGUUUAAACAGAGAAAAAUAGGGUGAGUGAUAUGGCCAAGUGUUGGCUUUGUCUACUAGAAGUGCAGUAUUAUGCAGAGGAUGCCGAGGCAAUAGGAGCUUGUCAAAUUUGGUCUUAUUGGGCUUAUUGCACAUAAAUCACAUUAUGUAUUUCUAUUAUAUUAUUUUCCAAUAUCGCUUAAUUUAGAGACACUGAUGUGAUCAUGCCAAAAUGACACUGUCAAGUUGUGAAAAACGACUUUUACUUGAGGUAGCACCUGUUGUACACAUGCAAAAGCAUGUGUUAGAGAUCCUGCCCAUUCAUCGUGUGAGCAGGGACAACUUUUUAAAUGGCAAAACCAACCGGUUGGCCAUUUAUAUUAAAGAAAUGUUCCACAAACUCCACCUAGUGCUUUCUCAAAAAAGCUACAAGCCGGUCCAAGCCCGGAUAAAGGAGGACGGGUUAGGUUAUGCGUAAGACUAGUAGUAGUGGCGCAUGGGUAAAAUCACUGGGGAAGCCAAGCCAGGAAAAAAAGCCAUAUUACAACCUAUGUGUUGUGAUCGUUGCAUUGUCUGCUCUAUGACCUGUUAGUUCAUAUGCCUUGACACCGUGAUAUAUAGGCCUAAGGCCGAGACAAUAAGAAGACACAGUGGCAGA